AUGGCUGCCAUGGGUGCGCGUCUGCUGGCCUCGCUUUUGGCGUUGGCAGCACUUCUGCUGCAAGGGUGCCAAUGCAGGUGGGGCGAGGAGGGGCAAUGCUUGGCGGACGGCCAAGCGGACGCGGAGGAGGCGUGCCGCCGGCUGGAUGCCUCGGAUCAGCGGACCCCCUACGAGAAGGGCCACCAGGACGGGUACGACUUGGCCGUCUCGAAGAAGGGGCACCGCUACACCUGGCUGGAGUAUCUCAGGGACGUGAUUGUAGAGCUGAUCAUGAUCAUCGCCGGGCUUCUUCUGCUGGGCGCGGUGAUUGGCCACUCCCGAGCCGAUGACACCGAGACCUUUGCCGAGACCAAGAAGCCCGCGCAGCUUUUGCGCCGAAGGACCAUGGUGGGCUUGGAGCACCUGGGGGUUUUGAAGGGCGAGGGCUUCCACAAGCGCCAGACUCAGCAGCCUUUGCUGGAGUGA